AUGAAAAAUGUGGCACGAUUGUGUGUGUGGCUUCUCAUUCUGGCCAACUGGGCAACCGUUCGCUGCAGGCGGGUUUGCGAACGAUCGGCAAGGGAUAAUUACAGCGGAGCUGCAAUCCUGUCCAGCGGAACACCCCACCACGACAACGACAAGCACUCCCCAAGUCACUACACAGGAAGGAAGACAAACGGUGGGAAUGUCCUUUUCCUCAAAAAUAAGUUAAAAGAAAUUUGGGACAAAUUUACUACCAGGGGUGGUCACUAUUUUAAUAAGUCAUCCAAAGAGAAGCAAAGCAGUUUCAAUUUAAAAAAAGCUUUCCACAGAUUUACUUCGAAAAGUGACAACGAGAUAAUCAGCAGGGUUGUCGUUCGAAACAGCACCGUGAUUAGUCCCACCCUACUGGCCAAUCUACUCAUCAGAGAAAACAUUAAAACAAUUCGACACAAAGAUAUUGAAAGGGUUGUAAAAAUCGUUUCGGACUUUUACACAAAAUCCAAUUACCUCUUCUCGCGUGUCCUUCGGCACGAAGUGGUCAAAGAUGGAGACCAGGAUGUUUUGACCAUCUACGUGGAGGAGCUUAUUCUGGGCCCGGGGUCCGUCCAGAUCAGGGUGUUCCGCCCCGGGAAGCGAACCUCGACAGAAAUGGCAAAACCAACGACCACUCCAACAACUACUCCGGAGACUACUCCAACGACCAUUCCGGAGACUACCCCAACUACUACUCCAGAGACCACUCCAGAGACCACUCCAGAGACAACUCCACCCGCUCCUCCACCAGAUGCUCCCCCCCAGGAGGAACUGCUCUUCGAGCGCAAAGGUUCCGUAAGCGGCGUGACCUCCUCCGCACCGAGCCCCGAUGAUUUGCAGAAUCCCGAGGCAGCGUCCAACAAGCUACGCAAAUUGUUCGAAAGAAAAAUGAACCUAAAGGAGGGUAGUAUCUUCGUGUGGGACCAAGCCACGUUCGACAUGCUACUCAAAUCGAACCUAUUCAAUUACAUCCAUGUGAAGCUUCUUCAUGAUAAGCAGGAAAAUAAACACAUACUACAAAUAGACCUCGUAGAAAAUAGAAAAUUUUCCUUUGUCCCGUCCAUAUCAAAGAGCUUCAAUUCCCUCUUGGAUUUUUGCAUGAACGUUACUUUUGGCUACCUGCACAGUAUUAACUAUGGGGACAAAUUCAGGUUGAAAUUUUUUAAAAAUUUGAGUUACAAAAACCAUAAACAUGACUACGACGUCGUGUUUGUGAACGACAUUGUGGAGUUGGAGAAGCUGCGAAACAACUCACACGCGUAUUUCCUUUUCGGCGUCAACGUCAACGGGGCGUUCAAGAAGGAGAUAGACAGCUCGGCCCUGAAUGAGUGCGUAAAUAUUAUGAAUAGGAAAGGUGAAAAUGGGGAAAAAAAAGACAGCAAAAAUGUGCAGGAAGAUAUUAACAAUUCGGGGGAGCACCACCCAGCGCAGCAUGAUUUGCUCCACCGAGGCUCCUCCCCGCAGCGGAAGAACAUCUACAGUUACCUGCACAGGGGGAAGGUCUUCCUCUUUGCGAUCAAGAAAAUCCGGAACACCAUUUUGGAGAUCAAAUUGAAGGCGAAGAAGGAGCUCUUUCACAACUUUCUGUACUUCUUGGGGGAGAAAAGGGACCAUUCGGGGGGAGGUGCAAAUUUGGGAAGAUUCUUUCCCCUCCGCUUCCUCCCCUUUAGGAGGAGCCCAAAGGAGAGUGAAGUGCUAUCCAACCAACUGUAUAACAUUUACGGGUCUAAGCUAAAACUGUCCAGCUGCCUAAACGCCUACUCCUCCAGCUGGUUCGAAAAGUCAAAAUGGAUGAAGGCGUUCUUCAACGUGAAGAAUAAAGUGGACUUGGUUUUUUACUUCAACUCGGAUAGGAAGUUCCGCCAGGAGGAGGAAAAUACAAAUGAGGGGGGAAAUUCCUCUGCGAAGGAAACGGAUGAAAGUAAGGCAGAUCCGAAGUCCAUCAUGAUGUCCUUUCUUGAGGACGCCAACAAGAGGGGAAGCUUCCUCUCGAUGGACAAAAUAAAAAACGUGUACUUAAAUUAUACCUUUUACUUCCAGAAGAAUUACAAAGUUAAUAUUUUUGAUUUUUUCUGUAAGAUCAAACGGGUGUUUACCUACCGAGGGAGGAAAACCACCCAAGCGGCGAGACACCCCCCCACUGGGGAAGAGACCCCUCUGGUCUUGGUCCCCCUCCUGUACAAGUGCAAAAUAAUUAUGAACCAAGUUCACCUUUUACUAAACGUGGCGUUUUUUUUUAAAAGGACUUUAUGGGAUUUACGGCAGGGUUAUAAUGGCCCCUCCAUUUGGGGGUGGGUAAGAGGAGAGAGAAAUGGCAAUGGUCCAUGGUCGUACUACCACCAAGUGAAAGAGCUCUUCCUAGAAAAUACAGCACAAACUGGCAAGAAGGAUGGACCCAAUUUUGAAGAAGACUUAAAGCAGAUUACCCUCCCGAGCGGCCACACAUCAACAGAGAGUAGCCCCCCCAACAACACGACGUAUAACAUAUGCAGUGUAAACCUGAACGACGCACAGAAGGAACAACAAAAUAAGAUCAACCUUACGAUGAAUUACAAACUGAUAUUUCCCGUAUUGUUUGAAAAUUACUUUCUUAACUUGAUGGACUUGAGGCUUUACCUCUUCCUGAACUGUAGCCUCUUUGGCAUAGAGGGUAGUACUACUAGUAGUAGCACUAUCGGUGGUAGUACUACCUACGGGGGACAGUCGGACAUGUCACCUAACGCGAUGAGCGAGGACAGCAGAAAGAGCGCUUUAUACAAUUACCUCAAAUUGUCCUUUCUCAAGAACAAGAGGAAGAUGCACCACUCAUCGUUCGGCUUAGGACUGCUUCUUUCAAACGUCAACAUUUUUUUAAACUUCCAAAGUGGUCGACGUGCUCUGUUGCCCUCCCUCGUUUUGCAGCUCGACGAAGGGACCUCCCGGUUCAAGUACCUCUCGUGA